AAAAUCCGAUACACGUCGCAAUGGUCAAAGGCUAUACAGGCAAAGCUGAUGCGAUUAUUUCCAUACAUGCCAGCUUACAAGGAGCCGUAUGUGCGAUUUAUUGAAUGUAAUAGCAUUGGCAGUUUGGCUGAUGUAAAAUGAAAUGUCAGUUGCAGUAAGCGGCUUUGAAUAAUUUGAAUACGAUCUUUAAGUUUUCGCAUUCGUGUUUGGAAAAUUUGAAAUGCUUGCUUAGUAACGCUUAUGUGGCGUUUAUUUUUGUGUUAAUUUUUUCUCAGUAAUAAGUUGAAGAUAACAGCAAGAUGAGCAUACAAGCGAGCUUCAAGAAACUAUGUAGAUUGUAAAGUUGUAUCAUUACGUUCUAAGAGAGACUAUUACUGUGCAGGUUUUCAGUUCUACAGAUGUUUCAACGACCUAGCUUAAUAACAGUAGUUGUACGAACAGAAAUGGAUUUAUAGAAAAGUUGCUUGUAACGAGUAUUUCUUUAGAUUUCUGUAACUGUUCUUUUGUUUGUAACAUUAAUAGGGAUUAUCAAGUCUAAAUUAGUUAAAAGAAAAUUAGAUAUUUUGAAAGUGUUUCAAUUAAAACCCGUCAAAUGACUCUAAAGGAAAUACACUCAUCAAGGAGUAAAAGGCUUUGUAGAAAAGGAUAGUCAUCACAAUUCGCCUCUUAUCCAUUCUGGAAACCUAGAGAAUAAGCAACGUAUUCAAUGUGCUCUGUUUGAUUUAACUGAUCACGUCGAGCGAAAAGUACCGUGCCUAUUCUUCUUGCAGUUCAAUUAAUGUUAAAAGGUUCCAGUAUGGAGGAGACAUUUUCCACGGUUUCCAUCAAUGCAUCGGACUUAAACCUUUCGUUGGUAAACGGAUCAGUUGAUAAUCUGUUAAACGACACCGGCGUCUUAGACGUUUUCUACAGAUUUGAACGAUAUAUGGUUGUAAUAAUCCCUAUAAUAUUCGGCCUUAUUGUUGCAGUUGGAUUUCUAGGCAAUCUUCUUGUGAUAGUUGUAAUAAUUAUGAACCAACAGAUGCGGAGUACAACAAAUUUACUGAUAUUGAAUCUUGCAUUUGCCGACCUUUGCUUCAUAGUUUUUUGUGUGCCUUUCACAGCUGCUGCGUACGCGCUACCACAAUGGCCAUUCGGGGAAGUUUGGUGUAAAAUUGUUCAAUUUCUUAUGUAUGUUUGUGCAUAUGCCAGUGUGUACACACUCGUUGUAAUGUCGUUAGAUAGAUAUCUUGCCGUCGUACACCCAAUAUCAUCGAUGUCAGUCAGAAAUCAAACAAACACACUCCGAAUACUUGUCAUCCUCUGGGUUAUUAUUGUUGCGGGCCAUAUCCCUCUUCUGUUUGAUUACCAGGUAGUCGCCUACGACUAUUUCGGUGAGGAUAGAUCAACGUGUAUAUCAAAGUAUUCAGCAGGUAACGACAUGCUAAUGUUGAAAAUAUUUUACGCAUCAUUCUUUAUGUUCGGAUAUCUAUUACCAUUAUCGCUUAUUUGUGUUCUCUAUGGAUUCAUGUUAAAACGUUUGCUCUAUGGGGUAGUUCCCGGAGGAUCGCAAAGAGCAGAGAGCAUCCGGUCGAAGAAACGAGUAACGAGGAUGGUAGUGAUUGUAGUUGCUAUAUUUGCACUAUGCUGGUUACCGAUCCAAGUGGUAUUUAUGGUGCAAAACUUUGGAUAUUAUUCUGACGAUAUUUCAUACAUAGCGCUCCAAAUGGUGGCAAACUGUCUUGCUUAUAUGAACUCAUGUGUGAAUCCUAUUUUAUACGCAUUUUUAUCUGACAAUUUUAGAAGAAGCUUCAGAAAGGUCCUUUGUUGUGGAGCAGGAGCAUAUACAAAGUUUGAGUAUGAACGCACAAAUAUCAGAAUCGAAAGACCCGAGAGAACAACGCCUUGUCAACAACCGGGAAACAAUACAUCCCACACUUCGGCGACAUCAACAACAAAUCUGCAAACAUACUACAAUAAUGCCGAAAACGGAAAUAAAUCUGUUAACCACUGUACACAAACAGAAGUGUAAAGCUUACCCAGCCAUACUCUUAUUAAAUGCCUAUUUAAGAAUAAGCUAUAUUUUAUCUGUUGUUGCACUUGAUGAACACUUAAGGCAUGCGUAAACAAUCAUGUUUAAAUGUUUGAUUAUUAGUUAAAAUAGUAAAAAGGUUGAAUGCUGAGUAUUCUGGUGACUUUCAUUGCGUUUCGAUUGAAUUUACAUUCAUACUGACAACAUUUAAUUUUUUCCAUGUUAUUCAUUUGUUUUUGCCUUUAUCAUUUUAACCUUUAAGAUGUCUGCAGUUCUUUAUGUUUUUCUUGACAUAUGUAAAUAGUGGUUUAUCUUCAAAUGUGCAUUGAUGACUGUUUCUCUUCAAUAUGGGGCAAGUUAUUUUUGCUUCACAAUUAUCAGCAUGCAAUUCACAUGUUUAUUGAUUUUUUUAAAAUAUAUCUGAAGGAAGUGACACUAUUACCAACACUAUUUUGAGUAAUUGUACAUAAAAUGUAUAUGCUAUUUGUUUUUAGGUGUUGUUGCGAUAGCUUGAAUAAAAUAUAGCUUUGAGUUCAUGAGUUUUCAAUAUUGUAUCGAUCAAAAUGACAUUUAGUAAUUUUAAAUGUUUUGUAAAUUGCAUUUGAUGUGUGCGACAGCGUUAUUCAAUCGUAAGCUACAUACCAAUUAUAAUACGAGUUCAAGAAAGUAUGUAAUACAUGUAUUUUUUAAUCAAAUCAUAUAUUGUUUCUUAUAAAAUGGUUCGCACUAGUACCAAGGUAUAUUUAAUUUAACAAUUUUUAUACAAAACAAGUUAGAGACAUCGUUUAUAAUUUGGCCUUUUGUUUAUAAAUAUGACGCAAUAAAGGCAUGUUUUGUACGUAUUAACCACAUUAUUUUAUACAGUUGGAAGGUAACAAAGUGGAAGGACAUCUGUUAUACUUUCUUCAGCCAUCUCAAGUGUCUUUCACAUGUGAAUAGAAUGUUUAGUAGUGUUGUCAUUCUGCUAUUUUUCUGUUAUUCAUUAUAAUUUCAUCCCUGGAAACAGCCAGGACUUACAUAAGUAACAUAUUAUACAUUGUUUUAUCAUCAGCAAAUGGAUAAAGAAAUGUGAUAUUUUGAUUACAUUUCAAUGUUGAAUGUUGAUUUUAAAGAUACCGUAUGUUGUAAUUAAGGAAAUAACAACACUUAAGUGACAUUUUAUAUAUAAUAAUAAUAAUAAUAAUAAUAAUAAUAUAAUUUUUCUUGAACAAUUUUCAACCAAACCAAGAUUAAAUUAAAUAUGUACUGCAAUGUUUAUGCGCAUUAUAAGUAAUCAGUAAAAUAUACAUAUUCAUUUCUUAUUGAAAAAUCUGGAUUAACUUUAUUCGAAAUCAAUUUCUAAUUACCUCCCUUUAUUUUCAUGAAUUGUAAAUUCGGUAAUAUUUUUACAAAUAAUGCUUUUUGGAACUUAUAAUAUUGAUAAAUCUUCAUUUGAGCAUCAUAUUUUUGCUAUAAAACCAUAAAACUUUUGAGUCACAGGAUCUUUAAUUAUUAAUUAAUAAAAUAACUAUACAUUUUGAUAAAGAAUGUGAAUAUUCCACAGCUUCAUUUAAUGUUGUUAUUUUUUUAAAGAUACUAAAUCAAGCACGCAAUUUUUAAUAUUGCUUUCUGCCUUCAAUUUGUUUUUUAUUUUAUAAAUCACUCAGUUUGUUUUUUCUUUUAUUGUUUCUUUUUAAACGUUAUUUUGAAAUUUCCAAUAACAUAUUUCUGGAUUUCAAAUGCUUUGUAAGUUAUUAAAGAUUACGAUAAUAUAUUAUGAGGUCUUCAAAAUUAGUUUUAAUAAAACGUCCGAAAUACCCAAAUGAUCACAUGGAUUAGUUUGUAUAUUUUAGUAUAUUCCCUUUCCGAUAUUUUAUUGUACAUAUGUAUUAACCGAUAUUAAAAGCAGACAUUCUUUUCAGUUAUCCUAUUUUUAAUAAACACUUUUCGUUUCAUUUACAGAGAAACUUUCAAUAUUUCUAUCAGAGAUAUGUUUGGUUUCGGUCUAUAUGAGAUUGGUUGAAAAUAUUUCAGCUUUUAUUGCGCGAAACGAAUACCAAGAAUAUUACCGUGUAUUAUGUUCAGUUGUGUUAUUACAUAUGAUGCUAUAUUGAUGUAUUACUGAGUUGGUAAGUGCUGCCCGUUUAGAGAGCUAUAAUUGUAGAUAAGUAGCAUUAUAAUAAAGUUGUAUUAUGUUUGUCA